CACCGCCCCCUCGUGACGACGCACGCGGCGGUUGGAGGUUGUGGCGCAGCCGCUCUCCAGAACGGCGGAGCUGAGGCGAUGGCAAUGCUCUGCAGAAUUAGGACUAGCUUCUACAUGGCACCGUCUUUUGGGAGAUGUCAACAAAACAAGUUCUGGACAAGGUCAUGGAAAAAGGAGGAUUCUCACACACUCAGUUCUUUUGGUACAUGGAAGUGUUUGCAGCCACAAAACUGGCAAGUUAGUGGUGUUAAUUGUCUUGUGAGACAGCAAAAGCCAUCUGUGUGUCUGUACCAUCCCACCCCUGCUGCUGUGGUCCCACAGAAGGCAGGGAAUGAGAAAAAAGAAGAGUUCAAACUGGUCUACAGGUUUCCUGGGAUUAAGUACUGCAGGGUGCUGUCCCGACUGAAGCUGUUACAGACUGCUACCACCCUGGUUAUGCUGCCUCCCAUCUACCACCUCUAUCUGCAAGAUCAAGUUUCUCAGAAUGUCCUUUUGUAUACCACUGGUGUUACCCUCUUUGCUGGUGCAAUGUUGUAUGGUAUGAGCUACUUUUUCAGACGCAUUAUUGGAUUCAUCUACUUAAGUGAAAACAGCCACACUGUCAGAGUGGCCCACUUGACAUUCUGGGGAAGACGGAAUGACAUUUACUGUCCCUUGGAGACAGUGAUGACUUUGGAUGAAGUUGGAGAUAGCAAGGGGGAGCUACUUCUCCAGUUCAAACGCUAUAAUACUACAGAUAUUUUAUAUUUUACGAUUAGGUUUGGCCAGAUUGUAGAUAGACAGAAGUUUGCUCAAAUAUUUGGAGAAAUUGAGUCACAAAACAGGUGAUUUCCAGUGACUUUCCUUGCUGCACGUUCAUCAUGUUUACUGUUCUGUGAGGUUUAAAUAGUUUACCAAACUGACACACUUCUGUCAUUUUCCUACACAAAGCCUGGUGGUGAGUGCACUCAGUGUAGAAAGUAGAAAUGGUGAAGAACAGUCGUCUGGAAGAAAUGUCUCUGCAGGUUGUCUAGGUGUGCAGUGUGAGCAGCAUCUCUUCCGUGCUGGUUACAGUGUGUGCAUAGUGCACUGUUACCAGCAGUUCUCAGUUUAAACUGUCCUGCUUCCAACAUGUGGAAGGACACUGAAUUACUGAUGCAGACCCAGGUUCUUUCAGCUUAGAUUGUUCUUAGAUUGUUUUGAAACAGGAAAAACUCUUGAUGUGAAAUGCAGUAACUCUGCCAGAGCAUCUUCACUACAGAUUCAUCAUUUCUUUUAGUGAGCCUGAGGUUGGCUGAGAAGUGUCUCGAAACUUAGUUUUGUCUCAUAAGUAUGUAUGGUAAAUAAUGCUGGAUGCCAGAGCGACACAGGCUCAUGCAUUAAUUAAAUCAAAAUAGCUGUGAAGAGCAAUCCUGGAGGGAUCUCUUGGCAAUGCCUUCCAGGAUGUGAACUUCACUGGGCAAAAAAGGGAUGUGGGUUGCAGGACACAUUGGCAGUUAAGCUGUCAGGGUGAGUUAAGGCUGGGCAGCAUGUCAGUAGCCUCCCAUAGAAAUUGCUUUCCCAUCAAAAUAAAGGAGAAAUAUACCUAAACUAUGAUGCUGCAAGUUACAGGGACAGUCAGGGAUCCUUUGUUGAGUUUGGAUCCCAGUGAGCACGUGAGAAUUUGGAACUGCUUGUCUGUAUUUGCAUAUAUUCAUGUUUACGUUUGUCUUGUAUGUAUGAAUGACAUUUAAUCAAUGCUGUAACACUUGAGUUGAAAAAAAAGCCAGUAAAUAUUACCAAAAAUUAUCUUAAGAGUGUUUUAAUUAAGCAGUCUUAUGUGAAGAUUACUAUAGUCUGGGAAGCAAGUGGUCUGUACUGUUGUGUUUACUGAUUUGAGCAUAUUUCAGUAUCCAGAACUCUGUUGCCAAGUAGCCUGUCUGCUCCCUACUGCCCCAGUCUGGGCUUUACCUGAAAUGAAAAGGAAGAGGUAAGACACCUAAAGGGUGACAAUGUAUCUACUGUGUAUUCUGUUGAAUUUGUAGGGCUGAUCACUUAAGAACCUGUGUCCCUGAAGGGCAGUAUUAAAUUCUGUGGUGUUAGUGUGUUUCCUCAUCCUCAGCAGGAAUGAGGGGCAGGUUUUAAGUUUUCCAAAAAAGGAAAACCUGGUCACUUAUAACUUGUAGAGCUUUCUUUUUAAUUGUCAGGAGAAAGUGAACUCCUUACACAGCUCUUCUAGCUGUUACUUCAUUUGUAAUGGCAAAUAAACUGACCCUCACCAGCUGA